UUUUGCACGUCAAAUAAACAUUAAUUAGUGGAGGUUCGUCAGUGUGUGUGUGUGUGUGAUUUGAAAAAUGGGAAGCCGUUAGGGAAGUACGCUGCCAGUCAGGAAAACCUGAAUUGCCAACGCGUACGUUGGCCCUCACCAUUUGCUCAUCCCGCAAGACCCGGUGUAGUUGCAGUCGCGAAUCGGAACGCUCAGGAUGAGGACGCUCUACACGAUCUACUUCCUGCUGGCCGCAUCGUUCUUUGCGGGCGUUGUGAUCGCGGGCGUGUUGCAGAUCAGCAAGGACCAGCAGCUGCUGCGGACGGUGCCCGAGGCGGCGGUUCGCAGCAAACGGCAGCUGUUGCCAGCUCUCGGUGGCUUCCCAAGCAACAUCCCAAGAUUCGGUUUCAAUCCACAGCCGAGCGUACUCAGUGGCUCUGCCGCAAGUGCCAGUGCAAAUGCGAAUACGCUAGGUUUUAAUGGCCUCAACAGUGGCCUGUCCGGUUCGAAUGCUGCCUCAAACGCACUCAGUCAAAACGUUGGUGGUUUUGGAUUUUCUGGCUCGAACGCCAACGCUAACGCCUUCAGCCAAGGCUUUGGACCUGGUGGAUUCGGUUCGUCAGCGGCCAACGCUCAGGCCCAAUCGUUCCAGAGCGAUGGACCGCUAGGGUCGUUCGGUGCGUCCGCAUCGAACGCAGCCAGCCAAGGGUUCAGUGCCGGACCGGGUGGACUGUCCGGGUCGGCCGGGUUCUCCGGCAGCCAAACGUACAACUUUCCGGGCCAGCGGAAGAUUUCGCUGGCGUACUCGAACGGAUUUUCCCUCGCCAACGGACAGCCGACCGGUUCGAACGGGUUCAGUAUUACGCAGAGCUGAGAAAGCUGCUAAAACGUCACACAAAAACAGUUCACAUUGAUAAGCUAGCUAUUAGUAAGAGAAGAAAGGAGGGCGUCUAUUUAUUCCAACAAAUUACUUUCUACAAAAGCUAAACCGACUCAUUAGCUUGGAGGUCGGCAGACCUUCAUUUUUGCGCUCCCCGGUGGGAAACAAAACAUGCAGAGGCAUGCGUCGGUUUUGCAUGUAGUGUGAGCUGCGCUUGUUUAGCGAGAAUAAACACCAACAAACAAACAAACAAACAUCGUCUUAUCGCACUAAACUCACUGCUAUUGUGGGGUUGAAUCUGUGCUCAACCAAUACAAGUAACCAUUCGAAUGCUGGAAUAAUAUGAUUUGAGGUUAGAACUACAUUUGAUCAAUGCUUGUUGGCCUGGAAAAGAUUCAAUAGUUUUAAAUAGUUUUUUGAACCUCCAUAUAUGCUUUUUAGUACAGUUUUUAGUACAACUUUAGGAAGGCUUUCCAUGCUUGAUGUUAUAAAUUCAUUAUUUCCUCAAAGCUAUCUACUUAUAUUAACAACACAGAUAGUUGCAAGAAAAGCUCAUUUUAACCCUUAAAUUCUUUAAAUUCCUCAAGAAAAUACGCUCUCAAGGCAAGCCCUCGCCUCAACUUCAAACAGCCCCACUGCUGCUGCAUUCGCAACCCGCCGAUUCCUAGUAUUGGUGCUGCACAAGCUAGCGGAUUAUGUUGCCCGCGUCCGUUUGCUCAACGGUUUAACCCCACUGCAAGUCAUCUGGACUUAAUCUGUAACUCCCACCCAGCCGUUCGAGCGCAAAAUGCGCCGCAAUCCCUCCAAGCAUAAGAUCAGCCAAGGGGUCAGACUCGCGCCAGCUACUUGCUCAUGCACCGCACGCAACCGUUAGCGCUGGGUGGUUGUUUAGUUACCCGCGAGCUGCUGCUACUAUUGCAGCUUCACAAUUCCACAGUUUCCGAUCGGUAAUUAGUCCCGCUGGGCGCGUUAGUUUUUCGAACCAACUCAAGAUGGCCAAUCCCCUAAACCGUUCCGGAUGGACAGUGAUGUGUGUUGUGGUGCUUCUAGUCGGGUACGUUCUUUCGCUACCGAUUGAAGAUGCUGCGAAGGAGCAGGAAAAACCACUCGGUGGAUUAGCCGACGGUGGUAGCGUACACGAGGAAGUCGUCGUCGGUGCAUCGCUGUACGUGCGCAAGAAGCCUGCCACCUCGUUGCGGCGACAGGAGCGCGAAAUACGGCACGAUGAUCACGUAACGCAUCACCGCGCUUCACACACGAACGGGCUGGAUUCGGCCGGGAAAGGGCAACCGUACAUGGGCAAACAUCACGACAAAGUGCUGACCAAAUGGAAGAACAGCAGCCCGAAAGUGGAACACACCAAGAAGCAGUAAAUGGAAAGUGUCCAGGGGCCAGUUUUUCGGUUGACGAAAAUCAAUCAUUCCGAGCUGUAGCUCACGCCGUCGAACAAAAAUCAAUCAGCUCAUAUAUUAGUGCAAAAAAUAUGAGUCGGUUCCCAGCCGGUUCCCAGGAGGGUUUAAUCGCGCUCGGUUUGGCGUGUGAUGUGACGUACGAGCCUGGUCAAGGUGGAUGAUCCGAUUAGGUGACCGAUCGAGUUGCUUUUCAGAUCGCACCGCCCUGAGCGAGUGACGAGGCACGAGAAGCAGGCAGAAAAUAUUAAUAUGUAAAUUACGUACGGCUGUAGAAUUUAGGAGAAGUCAAGAUAUGUGAGGCUCGCUUGUGAACAUUGCUGUGCUCUAAAUGUUUGAAUAAAAUGUUAAUCCAAAUUAA